UGAUAAAUGAGUCAGACACAGUGAAGGCUCUUUCGAAAACAGACAUCAGAGGAGUGGAGGUGCAAGAGAGAACAUGUUUGAAAGAGUGAAAAAAAAGAAUGAUCAGUAAAGGAAGAAGGAAGUGCGGUACAGAGCGAGUGAGCGCGCAACAGAGAGAGAGAGAGACAGCACUUGGUGUGUCACUGGCUGGAAAGAACGAAAGAACAUGCACAUGCGAGUGCAACUGAGUGUGAGUGACUGUGUGUGUGUGUAUGUGGGUUCUGUGAGCAUGUGUGUUUGUGUGUGUGUGCAGUCGAGAGACUGACCUCUCCCAUGAAGAAGAAUGUCUCUCAAGCUGCCUCGAAACUGGGACUUCAGCACUCUCCGGGCUGAAACAGCAAAGAUGGCACGAUCUAAGAGUAUCAUGCCUGGGGAGGGUAGUCCUAAGUCGUUUAAGAGGUCACUGGAGAAGCCCGUGAAGACCGGAUGGCUGAAGAAGCAGAGGUCCAUCGUCAAGAACUGGCAGCUGCGCUACUUUGUCCUCAGGGGCAAUAUCCUGACCUACUAUAAGGACGACCGGGAGGGUAGCAGUCCGGUAAGGGGAACCAUCUCAUUGUGGUCCAGUCAAGUUAAUGAGCUUCCUUCAAAUGGCGAUGAAAAGUUCUUGUUUGAGAUUAUCCCACCGAGUUGUGGAGAUCGCGAGCGCGACCCUUAUGUUCUCAAGGCCCGUUCUCAGGCCGAGAUGGAUGAAUGGGUGCGGAGCAUCCGAAGGGUAAUUGGAGCACCAUCCGGUGGAGUAUUUGGCAAAAGCCUUGGGGAUAUCAUGGUCUAUGAGAAGAAGUUUGGACAGAGGGUGGUGCCCAUUCUAGUGGAGAAGUGUGCCGAUUUCAUCCGGGAGCAUGGGCUGAAUGAGGAGGGCAUCUUUCGCCUUCCUGGUCAAGAGAACCAGGUGAAGCAGUUCAGAGACGCCUUUGAUGCUGGAGAGAGACCCUCUUUUCCCAGUGACACCGAUGUCCACACGGUGGGGUCCUUACUCAAGCUGUACUUGCGGGAGCUCCCACAGCCGGUGGUGCCCUGGAGCCAGUACCAAGACUUUCUGGACUGCAGCAGCCAGGUGGACGCCAGCACCGGUCUGGGUAAAGAGUGUUUGGAGAAACAGAUAGCUCUCCUUCCAAGAGUAAACUACAAUCUCCUCAGUUAUAUUUGCAGGUUUCUCCAUGAGGUUGGACAGAAUUCCAAGGUGAACAAGAUGAGUGUGGAGAAUUUGGCCACAGUCAUUGGUGUUAACCUAUUCAAACCACAAAUGGAGGAUGCCAUCAGUAUGAUGAAAGGGACCCCUCAGAUCCAGAAGGUCAUGACGGUGAUGAUCCGACACCAUGCGAUGCUCUUUCCCCCAUCCAAGGAUGCCAGCUCCUCCCCUUCCCCAACCAAAAGAAAAAGUAAAAAGUCCAGUGGAACAUGCUUCGUGGGCUGGGAAUCGGCUGAGCAAGCAGACAACUCGUCUUUGUCAGAGUCUCCUGAAGAGGAAGAUGUGGAGGCUGACCGAAACGAUGGCUGGGGACCGGAGGACCAGUCUGGCAUCGGUCCCACGUCCCCCACGUCCCCCACCUCAGACGACUGGGGGGGACAAAGCCCCCGUAAACGCACCCAGACGCUCCCCAACCUGAUGAAAGGCGCGGCGUCGGUCCGCAUGGCCCGCGAUGACGCCACGUUCAGGUGGAGUCGCAUCCAGGAGAGUUGUGACGAGCGCGACGAGAAAACACUGUCCGAGGACAUCUUCAAGAUCCUGGACCUCCAGGGGGUGUCCCAGUUCACAUCGCCGCAGGAAAAGGAGGAGGAAGAGGAUGCAGCAGAGGACCUCACUGCCAAGGACAUCGAAGGUUCCCCAAAGACAACCAACGUCUCUGCAUCCAACGUGACGCCCACAUCCAAGGCCCAGUCGGCGCGGCUGGGUGAUUUAUAUCCUGUCAAAGAGGAGCCAGUAGGAUCAGCCACAGCCUCUCCACAUCACGCUCCAGACACCCAAGGAGAAGGCACUGGAACCCCUCACAACACCAUUAGCAGCUUGCAGCAACAGAACAAAGAGCUGCUGGCCAAGGUGGCAGAACUGCAGUCGGCGCUGGACGCUGAGAAGCGGUGCGUCACCGCUCUGGAGAUCCGCCUGCGCAACGCCGAGCGCAGCCGCGACGAGGCCCAGAGACGCAACCGGGAGCUGGACGAGGAGAUCAAGGCCUUCCUCGCUCCAAGUGGCCCUCCGUAAAGCUGCCCAUCCAGAGACACUGAUAACAAAUCAUAAUUUAAUAGUCAUGGAUGCCGACAGGCCAUUUGCCGGUGGCCAGUUGAGGGCUUUGGGUGUCCAUAUGGCCAGAUGGAAGACACGUCCAGUAGAACACAGCACACGUCACACUCAGGGAAUCCGUUCGUUAUAAAGGUACUUACAGCUCUGAGCUGUAGUCUCCAUUUCAAAGGUCCUGCUAAAGCCAACACUGUGAUGUGUACUGAGAGAGGUGUACCCCCCUCACACACUCACAAAUGUUGCCAUGUCCUGUCAUUUCACAAUAAGAAUGUUUUUUUUGUACAGGAUUGCAUUGUUUGACUAAAUAUUGGUACUGCACAUGGAUAUAAUAAAUGUGAUAUAUCAGAUAA